AUGAUCUUUAUUUGUCGCCAUCUUGACGAGGGACUAAAGAGCAAGUACUUAGCGGUUGAAGAUCCGUUAGCCCUCUGGAAGCUUUGUGGGGAUACUAUUACUGAGGAAGAUUUGCUGGAAAAGACUUUCAGCACAUUUCAUGCCUCUAACGUGCUCCUGCAACAGCAGUAUAGAGCACGAGGCUUCACUGAAUACAACCAGCUGAUAUAUGUGCUCUUGGUAGCUGAACAAAACAAUAAGCUCUUGGUGAAAAAUCAUCAGUCCCGACCUACUGGAUCUGCACCAUUCCCAAAAGUGAAUGCUGUUUCCCUCGAAGUGAACACCACAUCAUUUGGUGGUGAUAAUCGUAAACGAGGACAUGGUCACAAGCAAGGUCGGUGGAAUAGAAAAGGUAAGAACCAUGGUGGUCAGUUUCACAUCCAGGUUCCAAUGCAUAAUUCAGAGGAAGAGGCAGAGGCGAGGAAGAGGCAGAUGAGAGGACGAGAUGAAGAGGUAGAUGGGAGGACGAAGCGGAAGAGGCAGAUUUUGCAGGAUCUGGGUUUGAAAUGGGUUGUGGGACGCGAGGAAGAGACAGAUGGGAGGACAAAAUGA